UAGAAGAGAUCAAUAAUAAUAUAAAACGAAAAAAAAUAUGACACUUAUGGAGAACAAUAAUGUUUCAUUUAUCGGUGAUCAUUUUUCCUGGGAAAAUAAUGAAUAUUCACCAUCGGUCAUUCCAUAUUUAUCAGGAUAUACAAAUUUUAUUUCGAAUAAUUUUAAUGGAACUCCAACGACUAUUGUACAAUCCAGUAAAAAAAAUUUACUCGAAAAUUUAAUCGUACCACUAUAUGCUAUUAUUUUUUUUUUAUCUAUCGUUGGAAAUUGUUUAGUGUUGAUUACUUUGACACGAAACAAACGAAUGAGAACUGUCACCAACGUUUAUCUAUUAAAUUUGGCUGUGUCAGAUUUGUUGCUCGGGGUAUUCUGCAUGCCAUUUACUUUAUUGGGACAAAUGUUGAAGAAUUUUGUUUUUGGCAUUAUGAUCUGCAAAUUAAUAUCAUAUUUUCAAGUUGUUUCCGUUUCCGUCGGAGUUUGGACACUGGUUGCUAUUUCUUUAGAACGAUAUUUUGCUAUUUGUCGACCAUUAAAGUCACGUCGUUGGCAAACCCAAUUUCAUGCAUAUAAAAUGAUCGUAGUUGUUUGGGUUUUAUGUCUUACAUGGAAUGUACCGAUACUUAUUGUUUCACAAAUUCAAAAUAUCAGAGGAGGAAGAAGAAAAUGUAGAGAAGUAUGGGCAAGUAUUCGAACAGAACGCGUAUACAAUUUAUUUUCUGAUGGAACGUUACUUCUUUUACCUUUAAUUAUUAUGACCAUGGCAUAUUCUUUAAUUGCCAUUAAACUUUGGCGAGGACUUAAGAGAGAGAUGACACAAAAUUUCAAAUCACAACGCAAAUUAAAGAAAAGUGGAGGAGCUACAUCAUCGUUAACUACUGCGAAUGGUACAACUAGGAAAAAUGGGAAACAUGAAUCUAACGUUACGAUAGUUGUAAAUGCGUGUAAUUCAACGAAGGCACGUGUACCGCAACAAACAAGAAUGGAUACAAUGAUGCUAGGUGUUACAAACAGUGAAGAAUCCACUGAAUCAAAGACAGUAAGAAUUUCUCAAGAUGGAACCAGCAAAAAUUGUCUUUCAACAAAUAGAAAUUCAAACAAAUUGAGGAACGAGAAUUCCAAAAAUUCCAAUUCUUCUUGUCCGUUAGGUAGACAGCAUGUUGUACGAAAUAAUCAACUUAACAAAAGUAUUGAAUCGAAGAAAAAGGUUAUUAGAAUGCUAUUUGUGAUAGUUUUGGAAUUCUUCGUAUGCUGGGCACCAUUGCACGUAGUCAAUACGUGGUACCUUUUCACUCCGGAAUUAGUUUAUUCCAUUGUUGGGAGUACUGGAAUCAGUUUGAUACAAUUGUUAGCGUACAUUUCCAGUUGUUGCAAUCCAAUUACUUAUUGUUUCAUGAACAAAAAAUUUCGUCAAGCAUUUUUCGGCGUCUUUCAUUGUCAUCGUUGCUGGAGAAUAAAAUGGAGAAACAGUGAUGUUCCCAUGUCUACAGGAGGAAAAACCAAAAAAGUUGGCAACAUUAAUGAAUUUAGUGGCAACGAAUCAACAAUGUAUCUAAGGAAAACCGAAGUAGUUCAACUUUUAGAAGAAAAAGAUCGGACCUAACAUCUAAGGGCAAAGUAUGAACGACGAAGUAUUUUUGUUUGAAGAAUUUUGUUCCGAAAAUAGAAAGAAAAACGUUUUUGAAUAUACAAAAAAGAAGGGAA